GGAAAUAGGGCGGGGCGGCCCGAGGAGAUGCGGGCGCCCAGUGCGCACGCGGGGGCGUGUGGAAGCAAAAAGAACAAAGGGGCUGCGGAGCGGGGCGGUACGGGCCAGCCCCGAAGCCGGUGCACAGAAGGGUCGUCCCAGCGUUUGCGGAAGCGGCGCCGCGGCGGCACGAUGUGGUAGCGAAAUCGGAAUUAGUCGGGAGGCGGGGCGGGCAGAUUUUGUUGUCCGAAAAGUUUGUCUGUGCGUGGGUGUCGCGCCCUCGUCUCUAGAGCCGGGGGUGUGGGUGCAGCAGGGCGGCGGCGUGCUUGAGGGGCGCGCGGCCGAACAAAGGAAGCUGGAAGCGCACGCCCCCGAAGGCCCCGACGCGGCGAAAACGGCGAUGGUGCCAUUUUGA